UUCUAUUAAAAAGAAAUAAUAAUAAUAAUCUUUAAAAUAAAGGAAUGCAUUUUCUUUUGAAUUGUGGAUUAAAACAUGUAUCAUUCCCAGUUGGAUGACCCUUCAAUAAAGGAUCACCUUCUAAAUAUAGACCACAUCCUCCAAAAUUAAAACAUUCUGGAUUUAAAAUUGUCAGUAAUUCCACUCUAGUGGUGGUUUUUAAGGCUGCCAUGUUUUACUCAAUUGAGAUAUCCUGUCUUUUAAACCAGAAAGAUGUCAAGUUUAAUGCAGACUAUGCAAUCCACCUAAAAGUUAGAAAAAACUAUAGCCAACAGUUUACUGUUUUUCUAGUUUGCAGGUGGAUGGACAUAGACUAUAUCAAACCUCCCCCACCCAUCCAGAUAUCACUGGAUGAUUCUGAUCUUUUAUCUGCUCCAUCCACUGUAACUCUGUCUGAAAUAGAAGAAAGUGAUGAUGAAUGCAGAUCAUUUCCAUGGCCACUUACAAGACAAAAUGCAUUUCAUGGAGGUAACUAUUAAAAAACAAUUGCCAGCUCAUCACCAAGUGACAACAAAAGAGUAUAUUCUGGUAAUAUGUCUUAACACUUUAUGAUUAAAAAUUCCACUAAUCAAAUCAUUGUAAUGUGUGCAAUGUGACCAAAUCACAAAUAAAUUAGUGAUUAUUUAAUAAGCAAUGUCUGCACACUGACAUGAAAAAGUAAAUAAAUAUCCUUUUUUGAGCUUUGUCUAGGUAUUGGAGAUAAUUCUCGGCUAGGGCUAGCUAUAUGACCUAACACUGUGUCAGACCAACAUUCUUGAGCAAGCACACCAGUGCUAGGGGUACUAGGCCUAGCCAGGAAUUAAGGUAAUAUUGUAUUUCAAGUUUAUUUCGAAUUAUUUUAUUCCAGAUGAUUUUAGCCGAUUUAGGAUAUGUUAUUCCAUGGUAGAAUGCGCUUCCAAUAAAACAACAUAUAAUAUCCUUUUGUUCCCAGAUAAACCCUUCAAUGACCAGACUAAAUGUUUUCUCAAUUUUUUGUUGAACUUCUUCCAGAUACUUUCAAAAUUCAAGUGCUGAUGAAAUUCAACAGCUUGGAGAAAAGCAUAAAUGAAUUGAAGAUUAUGCUGCAUACUUCAUUAAGCACAAACAUCCAUGCACCAACUGAACUUGGUGCGCCUGCAGACUGGCCAAUAACAAAUUCUAGACAAUUUGAAGAAUUUGAAAAACGGAUUCAGGAUGCAACUUUUAAGGCAACUGUGAUAAACACUUUAAGACGCCAGGUAUCAGAUGAUUUGGGAAAUAGUGUCAGACAAUGUCUAAAGAAAGCAGGCACAUCAGAACUUUAUGCACUAUUUAACAUGGAGGGUAGAAACAAAAAGAAGGCCUUCAAAGGCACUCACCUUUGUAAAAUUAUUACUCAACUUUGUGGAACAAAACAUACAGACAAACAAGUAGAAGCAGAAAUUGGAAGAUACUUAAAAUCCACACCAUUCAAAAAAGGUGUAAAGAAAAACAUGUCACAAGAGGAAGGUCAGGAAAUGGAUCUGGAAAAGGAUGAAGACAUGCCUUGAUACAUAUUCUUUAUAUGUUAAAGGACAAGUUAACCGAUUCGGUUUAUUGUAAAAUUUGGAAGUGUAAAAAUUCCUAAAACUAUAGUCAUACAGCUGCCAACGUAAACCUCAGAGUCUGUAAUA